ACGAGAGGAUAACCUUGCAGCCACUUGAAGCUCCAGGAACUGUUAUAUCACGCUAUCAGCUCCUUCACUUCUUCUGCGUCACCAUGUCUGUACGUACAAGUACUAAGGUCACCCAACACAGGGUAGGCUCUGUGGCCAGUGUACCCAGGGCGCUCAGCGUCUAUGGGGGUGCAGGUGGAAGAGGCAGUCGUAUCUCUUCUGCUUCUAUCUACAACCUCUCCUCUGGCAUGGGGUCUGGUGGCGGCUACGGUUCCGGAGGCGGCUUCGGUUCCGGAGGUGGCUUCAGUUCUGGAGGCGGCUACGGUUCCGGAGGUGGCUUCGGUUCUGGAGGCGGCUACGGUUCCGGAGGUGGCUUCGGAUCUGGUGGCGGCUACAGCAUGUCCUACUCUGCGGGUGGCGGCAUGGGGGGCCAAGACAACUUGACGAACCUCAACGAGAAGGCCACCAUGCAGAACCUCAAUGACCGUCUGGCUACCUACUUGGAGAAAGUGCGCUCCCUGGAGGCAGCCAAUUCCAAGCUGGAGCUCCAGAUCCGGCAGUUUUAUGAGAACAGCUCUCCCAUCGUCCAGCGGGACUACAGCGCAUACUGGAAGACCAUCGAGGACCUGAAGAAUAAGAUCGGUGCUGCCACCAUUGACAAUGCCAGGAUUUUGCUGCAGAUUGAUAAUGCUAAACUGGCCGCUGAUGACUUUGGAACCAAGUAUGAGCAUGAGCUGAUGAUGAGGCAGUCCGUGGAGAACGAUAUUGCCAACCUGCGCCGUCUCCUGGACCAGACCACUCUCACCAAGGCUGACCUGGAGAUGCAGAUUGAAGGCCUGAACGAUGAGCUGGCUUACCUCAAGAAGAACCACCAGGAGGAGCUGCUGGCCCUGCGUUCUCAGGUGGGCGGGACGGUCAACGUGGAGGUGGACGCUGCCCCACAGCAGGACACGUCCAGAGUCCUGGAGGAGAUGCGCAUGCAGUACGAGGGCAUCGCUGACAAGAACCGCCGGGAUGUGGAGGCCUGGUACAAAGAUAAGUUCGAGUCCCUGAACCAACAGGUGACCUCCAGCACUCAAGCCAUAGAGACCCACAGGUCUGAAAUCAACGACCUCAGACGCACAAUCCAGGGGCUGGAAAUCGAACUGCAGUCGGCGCUCAGUAUGAAACAAGCCAUGGAGAACACGCUUGCAGAGACAGAGGCUCGCUACAGCAACAUGCUGCAGGGUUACCAGAACAACAUCAACAUGUUGGAGGCUGAGCUGAACCAGGUCAGACUGGACACAGAGCGCCAGGCCACAGACUACAAGCUACUGCUGGACAUCAAGACCCGGCUGGAGAAGGAGAUCGCCACCUAUCGCCAGCUGCUGGACGUUGAAGACAGCAGAAUUCCAACAGGCGGGAAAGAUCAAUUUAUAACCACAACCACCACUACCACAAACCUUCCCCGCCCAAAGUAACUUACAGACAAGGACGCCACUGCACAACAAAGAUGCAGAAGAGAAACAAUUCUACAUACUCCAGGCUUAAAUCUGAUUCUGAAUCCAUUCAGUCUCCACUAUCACUGCAUUGUUUGUAUAUAAAUAAGACGGUACAUGAUCACACACAAAAAAAAUUGGGGAAAGUAAAUGUAUAGGGUUCCAACAUCUCCCGUGAUUGGCUAAGCUCAAAGUCAGCUCAUUAAUAAUGAGAAUGCAGCAUGUAAGUAUGGGCAAAGAUAUUAGAUAUUAUCUUUGGUGUAGGUUAGGCUUAUCCCCCUCCCCAUACGUGCGUAAUACAUGAAUACAUUUCCCUUUAAGACCAUUAAAAGAUCAUUUUUGUCUGCAUGUGCUGUCUGUUUAAUACAUACCUUUAACAAUUUUAUUUCCCACUGCUGUCUUGUCCUGCAUCUGUUAAGGGGCUUUGAAAAGAUUGUUUCCUAUAAUAAAUCCUUGGCAUUAAAAAAAACACAAAAGAA